CAUAAUGGAAUUUCUUAUAAUCAAUGAUAAAGCUAAAAAUCUUAAAUGCAGCCAGAGAGGGAGAAAAAGACAAGUUACGUACAGAGGAACAAAGAUAAGAAUGGCAACAGACCUCUUACUGGAAAUGAUGCCAGUGGAACAGCAUAUACUUAAAGUACCAAAAGAAAACAAACAGACCACUGCUAACCCAAAAUUCAAAACCCAGCAAAACAUCUUUUUAAAACAAAGGCAAAAUACUGUUUUAGACAUUUAAAAGUUGAAGCAGUUCAUUUCCAGCAGACCUGCACUAAAGGAAAUGUUAAAGUUCUUGAAACAGAAAGAAAAUGAUGCCAGAUAGAAAUUGCAUCUUCACAGAGGAAUGAUGAGCACCGGAAAUGGUGAAUAUGUGUGGAACGCCGUGGACUCGGGAAGCUGCUUGCAGACCUACUCCCUGCACAGCGAGGCGGUGCGGGCCGCCCGGUGGUCCCCCUGUGGCCGGCGCAUCCUCAGUGGUGGCUUCGACUUCGCCCUGCACCUAACAGACCUCGAAACAGGAACCCAGCUAUUCAGUGGUCAAAGUGACUUUAGAAUCACUACCUUGAAAUUUCAUCCAAGAGACCACAGCGUUUUCGUAUGUGGCGGCUUCAGCUCUGAAAUGAAAGCUUGGGACAUAAGGACCAGCAAGGUGGUGAGAAGCUACAAGGCCACCAUCCAGCAGACCCUGGACAUCCUCUUCCUCCGGGAAGGCUCCGAGUUUCUGAGCAGCACAGAUGCUUCGAGCCGGGACUCUGCCGACCGCACCAUUAUUGCCUGGGAUUUCCGGAGCUCCGCCAAAAUCUCCAACCAGAUUUUCCACGAGAGGUACACCUGCCCCAGCCUCACCUUGCACCCGAGGGAGCCUGUGUUCCUGGCACAGACCAACGGCAACUACCUGGCCCUCUUCUCUGCCGUGUGGCCCUACCGGAUGAGCAGGAGGCGGCGCUACGAGGGGCACAAGGUGGAGGGCUACUCGGUGGGCUGUGAGUGCUCUCCGGACGGCGACCUGGUGCUGACGGGCAGCGCCGACGGCCGGGUCCAGGCGUACAGCUUCCGCACGGCCGGCCGCGCCCGCACGCUGCGCGGGCACACGCAGGCCUGUGUGGGCGCCACCUUCCACCCCGUGCUGCCCUCCGCCCUCGCCACCUGCUCCUGGGAGGGUGACGUUAAGAUCUGGCACUGAGCCUCCCAGCGUGGAACCUUCCGGACACCGGCCGGGGUGGGUGGGUGUGUGAGAUGAGGAGGACCUGAGGUUGGCUUCGGCGUCAGGCUUGGGUGGACGCUGCCUCCUCCGCCCUCUGAGCCUCAGUGUCCUCAUCUGUAAAACGGGGACAAGCAUCCGUGUGUCUUGGGGUUCCAAGGACUUCAUUAGCAAAAGCACCUGGCGUGCUGCCGGUAAAUGCGCAAUAAACGUGCGUGUUUUGC